CAUCCUUGUGCUAUCUGGGGUAUGAACGAAGGAAAAUAAAUUUUUACAAGCUCGUCGCGCAUUGCUCAUCGCGCAUCGCCCAUCGCGUCCAGUGUGCGAGGGCCAUAAUGCGUUACGUUACGUACUGACCGUAAACUUAGAUUCGUACGUAACCUUAAACUUCAGUCAACGCACAAAGAAAAUCGUAACCGUAACAAAACAAAAGUAACGUAGCUAAAGAGUGAUCAGAGCGUCAUCAUAUAUGAGCUAAUUCCGCUUUGCUGCGUUCUCAUUAAGCUUAAUUUCUGGCAGCAUGGCUUGCCGAUAUAAUAUAACAGAGAAAAUGGAGCAAAAAUCGAGUAUUAGUUGCUAUCGUGACAGCAGAUAUGUAACAAAUAUUGAGGCAAAAAUGCGGCAGAAAUCAAGCAUGGCCUACCGUUACAACGUAACGACAGAAACGCAGUAAAAGUCGAGCAUUGCCUGUUGUCACAAUGUGAUGACGAAAAUACUGUAAAAAUAAAACACGCCUAACACAAAGCAUAAUUACUAAUAUAGAUAUUUUAGAUAAAAAUAAAGUGCAAACUGUAAAACAUGGAUCAUCAGUAUAGUUCAUAUAUUUGGAAUGAAGAAUCGUCAGACACGAUGAGUAAAGAAAUUAUUGAACUAGAUACUGAAAGUGCAACUGAUGCCAAUAUCCAUGUUCCAGAAAAAAUGGGCGAUGAUUAUUUAAUUGAACUAUACAAAGAAAGAAGAUUUCUGUAUGAUAAGAAAAAUAGAGAUUUUAAGAACAAUGAAAUAAAAAAUAAUGCCUGGAAAGAAAUGUCAUUGAUCAUGACAAAAGAUAAAAAUCUUGGAAAUCAUUACACGGCUGAAUAUUGUAAAAAAAGAAUAACCACCUUAAGGGAACGAUAUGUAAAGUUGAAGAAGGAACAGGAUUUGAAAAGUGGAAGUGCAGGUUGUAAUAAAAAGAAAUCUUCCCUUUUAUCGCAAUUGUCGUUUUUAGAUGAAUAUAUUCAAAGAAGACGAACUUUAACAAAUGUGAAAGAAAAUGAAAAUGCACAAAUGCCUGCUCUUAAUAAUAAUGCAGCUAUAUACCAGAAAAUAAAAGUCGUAGAAAUUAACAAUUCCAAUAAAAGAGAAUCUGAAAAAUCUUCAUCAAGCCAAGAUAACACUCAAUACGAUUCAACUGAAGAUCCUACAUUUUAUCAAAAACCACGUAAAAUAAUAAAAAAUAGUCCUGCAAAAAAAAGCAAUGAAAAUGAUGACACUUUACGUGACCUGACUAAUGCAAUUAUUAAUAUUUGUACUCAACUACAAUCGAAUUCAACAACACAUGGAAACGUUGUUUCUAAAUCUGCAGAACAAGCUUUUGCAGAAUUUGUUGCUUUUUCCUUACAAGGAAUGGAAGAGCCAGAACGCAGUAUAAGGCGAAACAAAAUAUUUCAAGAUCUCACUACACCACUCGAUCAGUUAUUGUAAUAAAAUGUCUAUUUCUUUUUAUAUUUUAAAAUGUUCUUUUAAUUACACAUUUUUUUACUAUUUUAUUUUGUUUUUAUCUAUUGAUAAAUAUAUAUAUGUAUUUAUGAGUAAUAUGGAUCGAUCAUUUUUAGUUUAUUCUAUGUUCAAGUUUAACCAAAGACUUGAAGUAUUUGAAGUUUGCGUUAAAGAUGUAAAUGCUUAAGUGGCAAAUUAUUACAAAUAUUUUUAUUUUAUUGAAACUAGCGUCAAAACCAAGAAGAUUAGAACAUGUUGAAUUGUUGUAAUCUUAAUAUAAAAAAUGUUAAAUGUUAUUUUUGCUAGUGCAAUCUGUAACGUAUUUAAUAAGACUGCUAUAAAAUGUUUUUUUUCAAUAAAACUAUAUUAUUAUAAUGUUUUAUUACAUUUAAUAAUGAACAAAAAAAUUAUGAUUUAUUAUACAUAAAUACAUAGUAUUAAAGUAUCGCUAUUGUAACCA